CUUGUCAUGGUUGAAUCUUCCUCCUCCUCCCAUCGUAAUGCUCUCAGCCCCUCGACAUCAUCCACCUCAGGAGUCACCACUGUACUCACUACCGGCCCUACAUCGUUCUUCUCCAAGAUCACUCGCUCUCCCUCAAAGAGGCACAAGCCCCUGGGAUCCAACAACUCGAUCGACACCACAUUAAACGCACCCGCCUCUGCAUCUCGUUCACGUUCUCGACAACCAUUUUCACGCACUCCCACCGCCCCCGCUGCUCCCUCCUCUAUCUCUUCGUCCAAACCCGAUGUCAUUACCAGAACUACCAGUGAUGUAACUGGCACUUCAACCCCUUCCUCCUCCGAGUCUCCCAAUAUGUUUAUGGUAGUCAAUCCAGUCGCGUUGCCCGCUCCGCCUAACAGCGGUAACACGCUUCGAAACCCGUUACCAAGAACCACAACUCACGAUGACCAGUCGCGAUUACCGACGCCGACUGGAAAUCAUGGCAUUGGAGAAGGAUUCAAGGCCGUUCCUGGGGACGCAGAUGUCCCAUCUGCACUAGCACUGAAUGGCAUGUUGACCAACGGGUCGGCUCAAUACUCAAGUACAUCUCUACUUCACGCACACCUUCAGGAAAUGACCAAUAAGAGAAUAGCGACACUAGACUAUUUGCGCAAGGCACAUGAAGGCCGGUCCUUCUGGUUCAACACUGUUCGCUUCACCGAAAGCGACAUUGGAAGGUUGCCUUCAUAUACGCCUAGUCGACUCUCACGUCGUGCAACCAACUACAUGUUGUUGGGCAUGUCCUUGCCCAUUAUCCUUGAUGUUCAUCCCCAACCACAUCCUCAGAGUGCCUCUUCAACCAAUACUGCUGUGGCACAAGACUACCUCCGGAGUCUGAUUGCCCUCCUGACCGAAUUUGAGUCAUUCCAACAACUACAUCCCCCUGACGGCAGCACCGCAAGUUCUUUGAGUCGUGCACGAAUCCCUCAAAUGUUCAAGAGGGCAGCGACCACGUCGAGGCCGCGCAAGUCGAGUGGCCCCGUUUCAGAAAUCGGUGCGCCUAUGUUACCAACACAGUCUUCACCCCCCAACCUCCCCGAUAGCGGAAUUCAUCAUGGCUCGCAUGCUUCCAUUGAUACUACCACGACGGGGACAUCAUUCCCCUCUAAUGCAUCCAUUGCGACCACACUGGUCAACUCAUCCUCAUCCACACCAAUGGCCGUCAGUAAUUUCACCAACGUGUCGGCCUUUCCCCCACCGGCUCCGUUCGACGCACCCAACUCUACUCUCCUCGCCAAUGAAGGACCAUACACCUACCUUCAAACCCCUCCUCUCCCAUUCGUUCCAGACUUUUUUACUGUGUUUGCUACACUCUGUGAUGUCCUCAUCGAGACCUAUCAACGCUUAAUGCAGAUCUUGAUAAACCCGACGGCGUGCACGCCCGUGAUAAACGACUUGUUCACCAAGGUUGAUGGGCGGAUUCGGAAAGUAAUGAUCUCAGCAACGAUCCGAGAGUUUGAAACGUCGUCACGAGACAUGGUCAAGCGGGAAAUGAUGGGGGUACAAAAGGUGGUUCUGGGCGGACUGAUGGUUUGAUUUUAUAGCACAGCGACGGCACAAUGUUUUGUUGAUCGUCUGAAGUUUCUCAAGACAUAUAUGCAAAGGCGUUGGAAGACUUGGAUGUGGGUAGAAUUGUCAAAAAUGUUGGCUCAUGACAGCUUGGCCAAGAUCGUGCUCAGACCCGGGCAUAUCACUAUUAACCUACCUAAUACGUG